AAUAGACUCAUCGAAUACAUGUAUAUCGUCAUCCAUUCAGAUUAAAAAUGAAAUUAAAUGGAGUGGUCAAAGCGUCAUUGAAGGAACAGAAAGGGUACUCAGGUACCGUACCUAAGUACUUCGUAGCUUCCGAUUCGCACGUGCGAGGCUACAUCAUUUCGAAAUUCGUGUCAUUUGCUGGAGCUACCUUGAUGUACCCAGGUACCUCCAAUCUACAUACAAUUCCAUACAACUUCGCGAUAUCAACCCAUCCACCAUUAUCCCUGACGAAAUGCAAUUCUCACGAGAAUAUAACGAUUUCAUUUGCCACAAUUAAUGCUAUACUUUUGAAGAUUUACCUUUCAAACAUUAACAUCUCACCACCCUCACCGCCGCUCGCUUCCAUUCCCUGGCCUCCCACAUUAUUCAAAUCACACCCAUCAUUAUACAUGUAUGACUUCGACAAGCAUUGCAUGCUCGAUUGCACCUGCACAAGCAUCAAUUAUAGCUAUUAGCGAGGGCGAAGAAAUAGAGUAAAAGCUCCACCAGAAGUUUGCGCCAUACUUGUCCUCAUGGCUGGAGCCAAGGGAAACUCACUACGAGAUCGCCAAAUUGCAUCUCUUAAAAAGAUACUCAACUUAAACGAGACCCUCGACCAAAAAGACGAAGAUGAAUCCCACGCGAACGGGCUAGCUCCAGCUGGCCCUAUCUUAACUGCCAAUGGUGAGCCCAUAUGGAAAGUCCUCGUGUUCGACGACCUCGGAAGAGAUGUGAUAAGCAGCGUGUUGAGAGUGAAUGACUUGCGAUCCAUGGGUGUCACUAUGCACAUGCACCUUUCCGCAUCUCGGCAUCCCAUUCCCGACGUCCCCGCAAUAUACCUCGUCGAACCCAGUCCGAAGAAUCUGGAAGGUAUAACAAGUGAUCUACAGAAAGGCCUAUACUCCCCUGCCUAUAUCAACUUUCUCUCCUCCAUACCACGUCCUCUUCUCGAAGAUUUCGCGUCCCAAACUGCGGCGGCUGGCACGGCAGAACAUAUCGCCCAGCUAUUCGAUCAAUAUCUUAACUUCAUAGUCGCUGAGCCGGAUCUAUUCAGUUUGGGAAUGAAGAAAGAGCAUACAUAUUGGGCGCUAAAUAGUGCGAAGACGAAGGAUGAGGAGUUAGAUCACGUUGUUGACAGAAUAGUCAGCGGUUUAUUCAGCGUUGCUGUAACAAUGGGUGUCAUCCCAAUUAUACGAUGCCCAAAAGGGGCUGCCGCCGAAAUGAUCGCCGGCAAACUUGAUCGAAAACUUCGAGACCACAUCCUUAACUCUAAAGACAACCUUUUCUCUUCCAACACACGACCUGCCUCAUCCGCAGGUACGCCCGCCUCUCGCCCCGUCCUCGUUAUUCUUGACCGAAAUGUCGACCUGAACCCCAUGCUCUCGCACUCUUGGACUUACCAAUCUCUCGUACAUGAUGUUCUCAACAUGAAGCUCAACAGGAUUACUAUUGAAACACCCGUGGACGAGGAGAACCCCGCGAAGGGUGUAACGAAAAAGGCAUACGAUCUCAAUUCCACAGAUUUUUUCUGGGAGAAAAAUUCCGGUGUUCCUUUUCCUCAAGUCGCGGAAGAUAUUGACGCGGAGUUAAUGCGAUAUAAGGAGGAUGCUCAAGAAAUAACUAAGAAAACGGGUGCGUCAUCAAUAGAAGACCUACAAAACGAUACAAGCGCUAGCGCACAACAUCUCAAAGCUGCUAUCACGUUAUUACCGGAAUUGAGAGAACGAAAGGCCGUAUUAGAUAUGCACAUGAAUAUCCUCGCUUCCCUAUUGAAGGGCAUUAAGGAUCGUCAACUAGACAAUUAUUUCCAAAUGGAGGAGAACGUGAUGAAGCAAACAAAAGGUCAAAUCCUUGAAGUGGUCAAGGACGACGCUAAGGGCAAGGAUCCUUUAGACAAGCUCCGCUUGUUCAUAAUAUGGUUCUUGAGUACGGAACAGGAAGUCAGUCGAGCGGAUUGGACCCAAUUCGAGGAAGCUCUGACGGCGGUUGGGGUGGAUACUACUUGUCUCGCCUACAUACGACAAGUUCGCGCCACGACAAAAAUGACACAAUUAACUACUAUCGGGCCAUCCCAGCUUAACUCCUCGCAAUCUGGCUCAACCGACUUACUCGGUCGCUUUUCCUCCCUGUCCAGUAGACUAACGGAUCGCUUAAAGGAGACGGGUGUCGGGGUACCAACUAAUCUUGCGUCUAACUUCGAUAACCUAAUAGGCGGUAUUAAGAACUUCCUCCCCGCAAACCGCGACUUCACAAUCACCAAGAUUGUUGAAUCUAUUAUGGACCCACAGGCCGCCUCCACGUCUGCCAUCGCUAAAACGGAGAAUUAUCUGUACUUCGACCCACGAAGCGCUAACGCGCGGGGUACCAUGCCGCCGCCGAGCGCAAUGCGCGCUGGUGGUGCGGGUAACACGCCGGGAGCACUACCUGGUGGCCCCGGAGUCCAAGGACCGGGGACAGGCGCAAGUUUCGGACAGAGGAGACAAGGGUUCACUGAAGCUGUCGUGUUCACAGUGGGAGGCGGUAGUAUGGAUGAGUACGGCAAUCUACAAGAGUGGGUACAUCGAACAGGCGAAGGGGGCGGACGUCCUAAAAAGAGAGUCGUGUACGGCAGCACGGAGUUGCUGAAUGCACGAGAGUUCAUUACAGAGGAAUUGGAGAGGUUGGGGCGGGAGGUGCCCUAGACUCCGGCGCCGUAGAGGGGAAGAUGUGAAGCUAAAAGAUAAGAAAGAAAAGGGGUAAUAUACAGGUAUCGAUGUGCCUAAUAUUAAGAAAGAAAGGGGUAGAUGUAGAUCUAUAACUCCGGGAAAUGAAAAGAAUUGUGCCUCUAUUUCGACUAUUGUCAAUAUGGCGACGAUUUUCUGUGAUUUGAAUUGUUUGGUGAAAAUGUAUAUCGUCAUUCCGACAUAGAUAAAAAUAAUUGAGACUCCGAGUCAGGCAAUCUGCC